AAGGGGCCCCAUGAUCCCCUAUUGCCCGGGGGCCCCAUGAGUUGUCAGUCCGCCCCUGUUGCCAGCUGUCAGUGCUCAUCAGUGCCACAUGCCAGUGCCCAUCAGUGCCACAUCAAUGCCACAUACCAGUGCCUACCAGUGCACAUCAAUGCCACAUAUCAAUGCCCAUCUGAGCUGCCUUUCAAUGUCACCCAUCAGUGGCAGUCAGUGCCACCUAUCAAUGCCAAUCAGUGCCACCUAUCAGUGCUGCCAAUCAGUGUCACCUAUUAUUGCCAGUCAGUGCCGCUUAUCAGUGCCAGUCAGUGCUGCCUAUCAGUGCGCAUCAGUGCCGCCUAUCAGUGCCCGUCAGUGCCGCCUAACAGUGCCAGUCAGUGCCGCCUAACAGUGCCAGUCAGUGCCGCCUAACAGUGCUGCCUUUCAGUGCCCAUCAGUGAUGCCUGUCAAUGCCCAUCAGUGCCACCUACCAGUGCCUCCUCAUCAUUGCCCAUCAGUGCAGCCUAUCAGUGCCCAUCAGUGCAGCCUCAUUAGCGCACAUCAGUGAAGGAGAAAAAUCACUUAUUUACAAAAUUUUAUAACAAAAACUAAGAAAAAACUUUUUUUUUUUCAAACUUUUCAGUGGUUUUUGGUUUGUUUAAGAAAAAAUAA